AGCCAUGUCACGCGAUCAAUUGUCUUGGUACUGGCCCUAUCAUUGCACCACCUCUUCGAGGGCCUCUCAAUCGGCCUUCAGAUGAGCGUCAGUAACGUCUGGCACCUCACAAUCGCCGUCAUGUGUCAUGAGAUAGCCAUCUGCUUCAGCAUGGGCCUCCAGUUCUACAAAACUGAUAAGAAACUGACGAAGAAAGUGUUCGUCAUCUUGCUGGUUGCCUGCAUCAUAGGACCUGGUGGCAUCAUAAUCGGAUUGGCGAUCAGUGAGACUGGAGGUACGGAACAUGACAUCGGGCAGAACACAGUUAAUGGAGUUCUACAGGCCCUAGCUUGUGGGACUUUCAUCUAUGUAACAUUCUUCGAGAUCCUCUUCCAGGAAUUAGGCUCCGGCAAAUCAUCUCUCUUCAACAUCUUCGCCAUGAUUGGGGGCUUUAUCUUUAUGGCCCUGCUGGGGCUGAUC